AUGGCGGCCACGUUGUGUCAGGGUUUAGGCUUCGUUCUGAGUUUGAUAGGAAUAGCGGGAAUAAUCGCGGCGACAGGGAUGGACCAGUGGGCCACACAAGACCUCUUUGACAACGUUGUGACAGCCGUGUACUCGUACUCGGGCCUGUGGAGGUCCUGUGUUAGGCAGAGCUCCGGCUUCACAGAGUGUCGACCAUACUUCACCAUCCUCGGCCUGCCAGCUCUGCUCCAAGCCGUCCGAGCCUUGAUGAUUGUCGGGAUUGUCCUUGGCGCUAUCGGCUUACUGAUCGCCAUAUUCUCACUGAAGUGCUUGAAAAUGGGGAACAUGGAGGACAACUUGAAAGCCACCAUGACUCUGUCGGCUGGGAUCAUGCUUCUCCUUGCAGGUGUCUGUGGGAUUGCUGGGGUGUCAGCCUUUGCUAAUUUGAUUGUACAAAGUUUUCAGUUCACUACAUUUGCCAGUGGAUUCAGCAAUGUUGGUGGAAUAACAGGAGCUCUGACGCCAAGGUAUACUUUUGGCCCUGCACUUUUCGUGGGUUGGAUCGGUGGCGCUAUCUUGUUCAUCGGUGGCAUCUUGAUGUGCCUGGCCUGCCGUGCAAUGACGCCAGAGAAACAGCGGUAUGAUGGGAUGGCCUACAAAGCUGCCUCCCAGAACACGAUGUACAGGCCUGACACCAGAUCCCAGCCCGUCUACAACGACUCCUACAAAGCUCAGAGUAUGGAUGGAAGGCAGACAAACCAGAGAUUUGACUACGUGUAG